CUUUUUUCCCCCAGUUCUCACCAGGUUUUUGGUCACACUCAUGAUUACUGCAGUUUGGCGUUAAGUUUGUGUGAUAAUUUUUUAGGGGGGACUUGGCGGAGAUGGCGGUCGUUUUGCUGCAGGCUUUAGAGCGGACAGAGUUGAACAAACUUCCUAAAGGCGUCCAAAACAAGCUUGAGAAGUUUGUAACAGAACUACAAAAUGCUAAUGAAGCGCUCAAGGCACAGCAUGAGCGGUUCAAGGCAGACAGUGAGCAGCAGUAUUUUGACAUUGAAAAGACACUGGAGGAGAGACAGGAACAAAUCUUUUCUACCACGAGAGACCUGCAGACCCUGAAAGAGGAAAAUAAAAGGCUCAAUGAGGAGCUGAGUACUCUGAAGGGAAUAGAAGAUGAUACCAGCGAAGACAAACCACCACAAGAGCAAGUCAAGGCCAAAUAUGAGAUUGAGGCAGAGAAAAGAGAGUUGGCGAGGCUGCUGGAGAAGAGAACUCAGGAGGUGGAGAACUUGACAGAGGAUGUGAAGCGUCUGAAUGAAAAACUGACAGAUGCAAACAAAGUCAAGAUGGAGCUAGAGUUGAAGCUGCAUGAUAUACAAUCAUCUGCAGCCUCUGUGCAGCAUCGAGAGAAACGCAUGGAGCAGGAUAAAGAGCUGCUGGAGAAGAAAAUUGAGUGGUUAACUACAGAGCUGAAGACCAAAACUGAUGAACUACUGAACACCAACAGAGAGAAAGGCAAAGAGAUAUUGGAGCUGCAGGGCAGUCUGAAGAGCAGCAGUGAGGAGGUGACCAGACUGGAAAGUCAGCUGACUUCUCUGAGGGAAACCAGUGAAAACCAGAGUAAAAGAGCAGAAGACCUGAACAACAAAUUGAAACAGGCUAAGGAUGAUCAGAGUGCCAUGGAAGAGAAAUACCGCAAUGAGCUCAAUGCCCAUGUCAAGUUGUCUUCCCUCUAUAAGGGGGCAGCAACAGACAUGGAGGCCAAAAAUCAAGAACUAAGCAGAGCAACAGAGGAGCUAAGCAAGCUGGUGAAAGUCACAGGGGAAGCAAACAAGGCUCUAGAGAAGAAGGAGUCGGAAACUGAAGAGCUAAAGAAACGGAUCGAGGCAGAACUUAGAGAGAAGAUCAAGAAAAUGGAGAAAGAGCUGGAAAAUGCCACAAUGAAGGCUGCAGGAAAACAAUGCUGUGCGCCUUCACUGACUGAGGAACAGUUGGACUCCAUGUGCCCGUCAGCAGCUGCCAUCGCUGCUAUUGUCAAACCUGGGAUGAAGUUCUUUGAUCUGUAUAAUGCUUAUGCUGAGAGUCAAACACAGCUGCAGCUUGAGAAGCAGGAGACCAGGAGAGUGAGCAAAGUCCUGGAUGAGAUCGUCCAGGAGGUGGAGUCCAAAGCACCUGUUCUCAAGCGCCAGAGAGAGGAGUAUGAGAGCAUGCAGAGGUCUAUGGCCUGCCUGUGCAACAAACUGGAGCUGGCUCGAACUGAGAUAUACAGUUUGCAGAAGGAGAAAGAAGAGACCAAGCAGCGCUGUGAUGACCUGGAAAGAGACAAACUGAGGACUGAGAGGCAGCUAGAGGAUACAUCUACACAGCUGUGUGCUCUUCUGGUGGAACUGGAGGAAGCCAGAGGUAAUCGGGUGACCAAGGACGAUGGCAGCUCUGCUGACAUCUCCAGCACCUCCGAGGUCAACCCAUGCCAGCUGUCCUUCCGCAGCGUGGGGGAGCUCCAGAGGCAGAACCAAAGCCUACUGGGAAGGCUGAGGGACCUGGAAGAGGAGAGAGAUAGACAGCAAACCAGUGUAAAAUCAGCACGCAUAACCGAGCUGGAGUCCAGUGUGGAUAAACUUCAGAAGGAGGUGGAGCAGCUGAAAGAGCAGAGGAACCAGCAGAAACAGCUGGCAGACUCCAGUGCCAGGCAGAGAGACAUGUACAAGGCGCUGCUAACUCAGAGCACCGGCUUCAGCCUGCCUCCACAAGGUCAGGACUCUUCUCCUGUCCCUGCACGUGAUCGUCCUUCAGUCCCAGCAACUCGUUCCAUGCCUCAGAGAGCUGCAGCUGUUGAGUCGGCACAGACCGCUCAGACGAAAGCAGCUUUAAAACAGCUCAAUGAUGCCUUCACCCUGUAUAAGAAGGAAAAGGGAGAAAACGAUAAGAUACUGAACGAAACAAAUGACCGGCUGCAGCGAGAGCUGACAGGACUCCGCUCCAGCCAUGCUAAACUAACAUCCCAACUAGAGUUCAGCAACAAGCGGUAUGAGAUUCUCCAAGAGACUGUUUCAGCUUACCGCAGAGAGAUAGCUGCCCUACAGGACAAGAACCAAAAAUUUGCUGCAACAGCCCAACGUCAUGAGCACAUCAUCCACACACUGAGCCAGGACCUGAGACAGGCUAAUGAAAAACUGGCUCUGGAAGAAGUGCGCGUGGAGAACGUGACUAAAGAGAGAGACAUGUUGAGACAGGCAGAGUCUCGACUCAGUCGGGAGAAGGAAGCCAUGCUGGCCGAACAACGUAACCAAAACCUGCUACUCAACAACCUAAAGACUAUACAGUUGACUAUGGAGCGUACAGAGACAGAAACUCACCACCGACUCAACAACAAAAUAGAACAACUGGAAAAAGAACUGGCUUCAAUGAAGACCAGGCUGGACCAGGAAGUUGCAAAGAGACAUGCACUUGGACGCUCUAUGGAUGCUCAGUUGUUAGACGCUAAGAAGAAGCUGGAGACCCAGAUCACCCUGGAGAAGAAGACCAAGGAGCUGCUGCGUAGCUCUGAGCAGCAGGUGGCAGCACUGAAAGUCCAGUUGGCUUCUGCUUCGUCCUCUGAGGCUGCAGGCACCUCCACCAGCACAACCACCCCAGCUACCAGAGCUGCAGGCAUCCGAGCACCACUGAGAGUGCGUUCUCCAGUACCAGCAGCCUCUCAGCAGUCCAGCCAGUCAGAGCAGGAACUCUCAGAGAUUAAAGCUCUUUUGCGUAGUGCCGAGGAACAAAACACCGAACUAGCUGAGCAGCUGAAGAAUGCAAACGCUACUGUUGAACAGUACAAGUCUGUGGUGCUGACACUGGAAGACAGCCUGAAAAAAGAGAAGGAGUCACGCUCCCCUCUGGAGAGCCGACUGAAGGAGUCAGAAGAGGUGCAGAAGCAGCUGGAAAAGAGGAUUUUAGAGGUGGAGAAAAUGAAGCAGCAGGAGCAGGACGAGAGAAGGAAGGCUGUGGAUGCUUUGGAGAAACAAAUGUGUGAGGUGCAGCGCAGUCUGAAAGCCUGCCAGGCGGAUCAGCAGGAGGCGCUGGAGAGGUCUGCUGCUGCUGUCACACUGGAGCAGAAGGCCAUACAGGACAGCCUGUUGCAGACUAAGCUUGCUGGGGAGGCACAAGCUAAGUAUGAGCGAGAGUUGAUGCUUCAUGCUGCUGAUGUGGAGGCUCUGCAGCAGCUAAAGAAAACAUCUCAACAAGAAGCAGCACGUAAGAGGGAGCUGGAGGAGGAGCUAAAGAAGACCACCUCUCUGCUGCAGGAGAAAACUGCGGCCUGGAACGCAGUAGAGAGACAACUGAAGGAGGACCUGUCUAAUCUAAACCGUCGUUGUGAAGAGCUGGGGAAGCAGAAUGCCCUCCUGCACCAGCAGAUGGAUGAAAUGGCCACCAGGAGUCGCCAGCUGCAGCAACAGCAGCACCAGCAGCUUGACCUGUCGUUCAGCGAGGAGGGAAAGACUACUGAACAGAUCCUGGAAAUACUCCGGUUUGUGCGCCGAGAGAAGGAGAUUGCUGUGGCUCAAAGUGAGGCGUCUGAUGGAGAAGCUCUUCGCUACAAACAGCGAGUCGAACACCAAGACAGAGAACUGAAGGAGCUACAGGAAGCUCUGAACGCUGAGAGGGAGAAGAUGCAGGUGACAACCAGAACUCUGGUGCUGCAGCAGGAACAGCUGAAGAGGAUGGAGAAUAUCAGUGCUCUCCAAGAAACUAACAGGAUGCUGAGAUUAGACGGGGAUAAACUACAGCAGGAGUUGCUGCAAGCUCAGGCUAAAGUGACAAAGCUCCAGUCAGACAUCGGUCCGCUGCAUAACUCUCUGUCUAUACUGUCAGAGAAAAAUGGCUCCCUGCAGGCUGAUAAGAGGUUAAUGGAAGAAGACCUCAAACGAUGGAAGGCUAAAGUGCAGCAACUGGCUAACCAACAGAAAGACAGCGAUGUUGAGGAGAAACAGAAAUCCACAGCUGAAAGAGAAGCACAUCAGAAACGCAUCUCGCAGCUAGCUGAAGAAAUAGCCAAACUGAAGACUGAACUGACCAGAUCCAAUGCCAGCAGUAAUUCAGCUCAGUCCCAGCUGCAAGCACUCAAAGACUCUGUGGCCCGCCUCACAUCGGAGAAUGAAACUCUGAAGAAAGAUGUAGAAACAAAAAACAAUGACAUUCUGGAGAAGAAUAAGACCAUCACUCAGGUGAAGAAGAUUGGACGACGCUACAAGACUCAGUAUGAAGAGCUCAAGGCCCAGCAUGACAAGAUGGUCAGUGAAACAGCCGCUAAGGCAGGAAGUGAGGCGGCUCCGAGCCAGGUCUCUCAGCAGGAGCUGACCAAAGCCCAGGAGGAGCUCGCUAAGACCCGGGAGGAGCUGAACUCUCUGAAAGAGGAAAUGCAGAAGAAACAGGAGGAGGCACAGAAGAGCCAGCAGGAGUUGGAGGCAGCCCAGAAGGAAAACCAGCAGACGAAAGAAAAGCUUCUGGAUCUUCAAAACCAGCUGACACAGGUCCAGUCACAGUUGUCUCAGGCGCAGACUCAGCUGCAGCAGAAUCAGAACCAGCUGACUCAGAGAGAGAAGGAGCUUCAACAAGCAAAAAACCACACCCAGCAGGUACAGAACCUGUUAAAAUCAACCCAAUCUCAAGUUCAGGCUCGUCAGAACCAGAUUCAGCAGCUCCAGAGGGAGCUCCAGCAGGCUAAAGAAACCGUUCAGCAGAAUCUUGCUAAACAGAAGGAGCUCCAACAGACCAGCCAACAGAGCCACAACCAGGAAGUUGUCACUCUUAAGACUUCUCUCAGCCAAGCAGAGAGCAAACUGACUGAGCUUCAAGGCCAGCUGGACAGCCAGCAGAAGAUGGUUGCUGAGCGUGAAGCAGACAUCAAGCGUCUGCAGGAGCAGCUAACUGAAGCUGAGCAGGCUCAUAAAGCAAGUCAGGACAUACAGGCCAACCAGAGUUCCCAGGCUACACAGGCUAGCGAUGCUAAUGCUAGCAGUAAUGCUAACCAAGCACUACAAGAUGAGCUGACCACACUCAGACAGGAGCUGUCUGAGUGUAAGAGCAGAGAUGAGCAGCUCAAACAGCAGAUGUCUGAAAAAGAGGAGAAGACAAAAAAAGUUGUGCUUGCAGCCAAAGCCAAAAUAAACCAAUUAAACAACGCUAAAGAACAGUUCAGUCAGGAGAACGAAGAACUGAAACAGAGUAAAGAGGAGUUGGAGGUGAGAAUGAAUGCCCUCAAGUCUCAGUAUGAAGGACGACUUCUGCGACUGGACAGAGAGCUGAGAGAACUGAGAGGAACGCAAACACACACUGACCCCAGAGAGGAACCUCAGGACCAGAGCGGAGCAAAGAUGGGUGAUCAGCCCAGAUCUUCAGACCAGAGACAGAUUUCUUUGAAGAAUCCUACUCAAGACAGAGGAAGUUCAAACCUGUCUGAGCCUCCCACUGCCAACAUUCGACCCACUCCAAGUACUCCAUCUCCUAGCAACAAGCCAAGCCCCUCCAUUGGUAGUAAGUCCACGCCUCGUGCAAGCAUCCGACCAAUGGUUACCCCAGCAGCUGUCCCCAUCCCAACACCUACAGCAACAGUUAUGCCUACUACGCAGACUGAAAGUCAAGAGGCUCUGAUGAGUGCAGGAGUCUCCGUACAUUCUACCAGCUCUGCUUUGGUGAGCACUUCCACCUCCAUAACUCAGCCAACCAGUACGCAGGCCACAGCUUUUGUCCAACCCACUCAGCAGCAAGCAGCCAGUCAUGAUGCUGGGUCCAGCAUGGAGGCAGAGCGGCCAUCUACGUCUUCCUCCUUGGUAUCAACUGCAGGUUCAAAGCGAAACAGAGAUGAUGAGGAGGAAGAGGACGAAAACAGACCAGAGAGUUCACACACCCCUCCAACCACUAAAAGACUUAGACUAAAACCAACGAUGCCUCCGCAGAUGGAAGGUGAUGAGGAGCUGGAAGGAGAGCUGAGGGAUGAGGGUGAACAACAGGAUUCACCAGAUGACAGUCAGGAGCUCCCAGAGGAGCGUUUCUCAGUCAUAGCAGAAGAAACUGAGGAAGAGGGCAUUUCCCAGUCCGUACCGUCUGAUCUCGAUUCCCAGGGCUUCGCAAUAGUUCGGGAUGUGAUUGUGAUCGACACAGACAGCGAGAGCCGUGAGAGCAAAGAUGAGGAGCAGAAACAGGAGGACGAAGAUGAAGAGGAGGAGGCGAAAGAAGAGGAGGAAGUAGAAGAAGAGCAGGGGGAAGUGGACGAAGAUGAAGACGAUGAUGACGCUGCUGACAGUGGGAUGAGAGGAGGAGAAGAGAGUAAUGAAGAGGAGGGUCAGGGAGCUGAUGAAGAGGGAGAGGAAGAAGGGCCUUCAGAAGGGACAGCCACUGAGGAGAAUGUGUGUGGAGCAUCUUCAGACUCCCAGCGUGUCUCUGAGGCGACACACAGUGGAGAAGGCAGCAGUGGAGUCGCAUCAGAGUCUGAACCGCCCAGAGAGCUCAUACACCACCCUCCAACCUCUUCCUCUGCACAUUCUCCGUCCUCAUCCUCCCUCACACCCCGCCUACCACACACACGUAGACCGCCACACGCGCUCCCACCUCGACUCUACAUCCAACCUCCAGCUCCUGAACUUGGACCCCCCCACACACAGAGACAGUCCUCUCAGCUGCGUAGACCGUCUUCAGGACGUGGACCUCAACUAACCCCUGGAAUAGGCACUAUGCCUUUCUUUGAUGAUGAUGACAGAAUGGUUCCCAGUACUCCCACUUUAGUUGUACCACACCGCACUGAUGGCUUCGCUGAGGCUAUACACUCUCCUCAGGUAGCUGGUCUGUCCACCAGAUUCAGAUUUGGACCUCCAGAAGACCUGCUUCCUCAGGCAUCAGCCUCACACUCUGACCUGGGACAGCUGGCCUCUCAAGGAGGUCUGGGUAUGUACGAGUCUCCUCUUUUCCUGGCUGCUCACGAUGAAGAUGGAGGAGGAAGAAGUGUCCCCACCACACCUUUGCAGGUGGCUGCACCAGUGACAGUCUUCACAGAGUCGCUGCCUUCAGACAGCGGUGAUAACAUGGCCUCUCAAUCGGUUCCCAUGGUAACUGCCUCCACUGCUGCUGCAGCGGAUGAUGGAGAUGAAGUCUUCAUGGAGCAGGAAGGAGAGGGUCCCGGCAUUGAAUCUUCUUUGGAGAGUCAGACUGACAUGGAUUCAACAGGACAGCAGAGUGAUGAUGCAUCACUGCCAUCCACUAGUCAAGACCCUGACACGAGCAGCGUUACUCAGCGCCGCGUCAUGACCAGUCAACUCUUGACAAGCAGCCUAUCCGGUAGAGGAACCAGAGGAAGGUUAAUCAGCCGCAGAGGAACUUUCUCUCGAGGAGGAAGAGGAGGAGCAGUGGGAAGAGGGGGCAUCGCCUAAUGACCAUUUCACCAAUAAUGGAUCGAUUCUUUAAUCCAAUGACGACAUCCAAAAAGCAACAUUUACAUCAAAAUCUUAAUAUAUCCAUAAAUCAUAAGACCAAUCAAAAAUACUACUCACGCUAUUACAGGAGGGAUGUGACCAUUUUGAAUGUGCGAGUCUCUCUGGGAUGAGUCCACACACAGUUUGUGAAAUCCAGUUAGUUUUAAGUUUAGUCAUACUUUGUUCAUGAGAGAAGUUCUGAUUUUGUAAUUUUAUUAGUUUUGCUCUGUUUGGGUAACAAUUGUUUUAAUAAAGUAGAAUAACAAGCA